GGGCUGCUGAGUCGGCCAGAGUCUGAGCUCCGCUCCCUCGCCCCCUCCCCCUAUCCCUCCCCCAAUUGCAGUCGUCUGGCAGUGUCUGGCCGGAGGCCCGCGGGCGGGCCGCCCUCCCCGCGGUAGCCCACCCCCCCCUCUUAAAGCGGCGGCGGGAAGAUGAGGUUUCGGGAGCCGCUCCUGGGCGGCAGCGCCGCGAUGCCGGGCGCGUCCCUGCAACGGGCCUGUCGCCUGCUCGUGGCUGUCUGCGCGCUGCAUCUUGGCGUCACCCUCGUCUACUACCUGGUCGGCCGCGACCUGAGCCGCUUGCCUCAGCUGGUCGGAGUCCCCACACCGCUGCAGGGCAGCUCUAACGGCGCCGCCGCCAUCGGGCAGCCCUCUGGGGAGCUCCAGCCCCGAGAGGCCGCACCGCCGCCGCCUUCGCUCACCUCUUCCAAGCCGCGCUUGGGUGGCGCCUCCAACCCCGACGCGGACUCUCGCCCCGGCCCCGGCCCCGGCCCCGGCCUCGGGAGCAACUUGACUUCGGCCCCAGUGCCCCCCGCCACAGCACUGUCGCUGCCCGCAUGCCCUGAGGAGUCCCCACUGCUCGUCGGCCCCAUGCUGAUUGAGUUUAACAAAGCUGUGGACCUGAAGCUUGUGGAGGAACAGAACCCGAAGGUGAAGGUGGGGGGUCGCUAUACCCCCAAGGACUGCAUCUCUCCUCACAAGGUGGCCAUCAUCAUUCCAUUCCGCAACCGGCAGGAACACCUCAAGUACUGGCUGUAUUAUUUGCACCCAAUCCUACAGCGUCAGCAGUUGGACUAUGGCAUCUAUGUUAUCAACCAGGCUGGAGAAUCCAUGUUCAACCGUGCGAAGCUCCUCAACGUUGGCUUUAAAGAGGCCUUGAAGGACUAUGGCUACAACUGCUUUGUGUUUAGUGACGUGGACCUCAUUCCAAUGAACGACCAUAACACCUACAGGUGUUUUUCACAGCCACGGCACAUUUCUGUAGCAAUGGAUAAGUUUGGAUUUAGCCUACCUUAUGUGCAGUAUUUUGGAGGUGUCUCUGCUCUAAGUAAACAACAGUUUCUCACCAUCAAUGGAUUUCCUAAUAACUACUGGGGCUGGGGAGGUGAAGAUGAUGACAUUUUUAACAGGUUAGCUUUUAAAGGCAUGUCUGUAUCUCGCCCAAAUGCUGUGAUCGGCAAGUGUCGGAUGAUCCGCCACUCAAGAGACAAGAAAAAUGAACCUAAUCCUCAGAGGUUCGACCGAAUUGCACACACAAAGGAGACAAUGCUCUCUGACGGUUUGAACACACUCACCUACCUGGUGUUGGACGUGCAGAGAUACCCGUUGUAUACCAAAAUCACAGUGGACAUCGGGACACCGAGCUAGCAUUCUGGUGCACUGAUAAGAGACCUGAAAAUGGCCAGGGACCUCUGCUGUGUGUCUCUGCCGAUCUGCUGGGCUGGUCCCUCUCAUUCUUACCAAUCAGAGUGAUAGACCCUCUCGGCUCAUCAUUCAGACACCUUUCCAGACGACCAGGACGAGUGGGAUAUUUUGCCCCCAACUUGGCUCGGCAUGUGACUUCUUAGCCCCACGAGGUGUAUGUAAGCAUAGCAACUGUCAGCCUUUGGGGGGUUCUCAACAUGUUCACAGUGUCACCCCAAAGAAUCAGAGCUAUACACAGCCCCAAAUUUGGUGACUGUGGGGCUCAUUCCCUGC